AUGUCAACUACUCCGGCGAGUUGUUUGCGUUUAGACCGGGAGGAAGAUUGGGAAGGAGAUGCGUUUGGAAGCUUAGUUCAUUGCUUACGAGACCAAGAAAAUUUCCAAUGCGAAGGAAGCUGUGACAAAUGCAAAAAAUAUAUUGACGGAGUCUUACGAGAGGGUUAUUUGUGCUACGAUUGCGGGUUACAAGCUCAUAAAGCGUGUUCUGCACCAAAUUCAUUACAUUCUAGUGGCCUUGAACAGUUAACAAAUAAACAUACGUUAUUUGGAAUAGGAUUGUGUUCGCAGUUCGAUCCCGCCGAAAGACCUGCUCCCUAUGUGGUUAUGAGGUUAACCCAAGAAUUAGAAAACAGAGCAAGGAAUCUACCAUUUGUAGACAUCAGUAAAUUAUAUAAAGUUUGUGAUGAUGAUUCUGUGAAAACAUUGAAACAAAAAUUGAACGAGGAUUUAUACGGCGUCGAAUUAAGUGUAUUAAAAAACUAUUUAUUAGAACUUCCCGACCCAGUGAUACCUGUUCAAUCAUACCAAAUAUUUAUCGAAGCAGCUUUGUGUGGAAGUGAUUUUCAGUGUGCUGCCAGACUAACAAGUUUGGUACAUGAACUGCCAGAGCAUCAUAAGCUUACACUGCGGUUCUUGUUAGCACACUGCAUUCGUUUAUGUCAGUUGCACCAUGCAUGUGGUUACAAAAAUCCACAAAACGUAUUUAUUCAAGUGUUUUGCAUUGUACUUUUGCGACCUUCUUGGGAACAAUUCAAUCAAGUGGUUCACAAUUUGCAAGCUCACAUUCGCAUCCUAGAACUUUUAUUAUUGCAUGGAGACUGGGGAGAAAAACUACCAGAAUUUAUGUCUGCUCCUAUCUUACCCCCACGAAAGGUCUCCAGGCCUGGACCUCAUCCUUAUAGAGAUGAUUUGGAAUUGGAAAGGGAUCGUGAUUCUGCACAGCAGCAGCUUAAAGAUGCUGAAUGGUAUUGGGGUGACAUAACAAGAGAAGAAGUCAAUGAAAAACUAAUGAAUACCCCAGAUGGUACUUUUCUUGUUAGAAAUGCUUCCAACAAGGGAGGAGAAUAUACAUUAACUUUAAGAAAAGGUGGUACAAAUAAACUAAUUAAAAUCUGUCACAAAAAUGGAAAAUACGGUUUUUCAGAACCUUAUAAAUUUAAUUCUGUCGUAGAAUUAGUUAAAUUUUAUAAGACGUCAUCUUUGGCUCAAUAUAAUUCGACAUUAGAUAUAAAAUUACUUUAUCCAGUUUCUAGAUUUCAGCAAGAAGAUGAAAUAGCCAGUUCGUUGAAUAUAGAAAAAGUUGCUAAAAAAUUGGCAGAAAUAGAAGCUCAAUUGCAAGAUAAGAGUAGAACGUUUCAAAAAUUAAAAGAAGAUUUUAAUAAAAUAUCAAAAGAAAUUGAAGUUAAAAGAGGUCCCACGAUGGAUGCAUUCAUUGAAUUGACAAACAUGUUCAAAGAGCAGCAAGAAUUACAGGAAAGGUUCAAAAAGGAAGCUCAACCUCACGAAAUCAAAAGUUUAAUGGUUAACAGCGAAUUGCUCAAGCAGAGGAUAAAAUCUUUGGAAGAAAGUAGAGAGUUGUUGAAAGAAAAUUUAAAACAACAAGUUGCCUAUUACAAAACAUUGGAAAGAGAAAUGCUCACGGUCAAAAGAGAAAUGUUGGGUUUGUCGAAGCAAAAAGAGCAACACAUGAAAUGGCUUUUGUGCAAGGGAGUCAAACAAAGUCAAAUAGAUCAUUUUCUCGCUCCGGAAAGUUUAACGCCCUGGGGUUUGAGAGAAUUGGAAACGGAUGAAAAUUUAAAAUCCAUGCCUCACCAAAACGAAUACCUAUGGAAUUUGCCAGAAUGUUCGAGAGCUCAAGCCGCGACUCUGCUCGAAUCCAAACCCGAGGGAACUUUUCUCGUGAGACCGAGCAGUUCGGGUCAAUACGCUCUUUCCAUCGUUUGCAACGGAGUCAUAAAUCAUUGCAUAAUAUACCAAACGGACAGGGGAUUCGGUUUCGCCGAACCCUACAACAUUUAUCCGAGUUUGAAACAGCUCGUUCUCCAUUACGCGAACAAUUCCCUCGAAGAACACAACGAAGAAUUGAAAACGACACUCAUGUAUCCCGUUUUCGCGUUGACCAAUUCUAGAGAUUCAUCCAAAGAGGAAACGACAACGCAAUCGAACGCAAGAACCUGA